CGCGCGGCACGCAGCCCAGGGCGCCUCAGCUCGAGCGCCGGCCGCCGACCGCGUGCAGCCCGGCCGCCGCAUGGGACCGGACGCCGCCGAAGAGGACGACGCGGGCAGCGAGCCCCUUCGCCAGGACCCCGGCACCGUGAACUGACGACGACCAUAAGCGUGGAACUCUUGCCCGACUCUUCGGAGAGGUCGCCCGUACCGCACGCAGCGAGAGACACCGCCGCGAAAAAGUUUUGGCGCCCCGUGGUUCGCGACACGUUCGCCGCUGGUGGGACGUUCCGGCGAGGUGAUGCACCGCGGGCGCUCAAUGACCCUAUGUGAGUGCUUGUCGCGUAGUGAAGUGACUGAGUGACACCGGUCUGGCACCGUGCGACAAACCUGCAGCGGGAGCCAAGAACUUGCCUUCGCCCUUGCAAGGGGAGACACGACGAGACAGCUGAGUAAAUUUGUGUUGCGUGCGCGACCCGCCCCAUCGCACAGCGGCGAGAGGAAAACUUUUUAUUUUCUCGUAUUCCUCGACACUGUUCUUUUUUCUUCUUCUCUUUAUUUUUUUUUGGCUCGUCACUUACGCGAUUAUUUUGCACGCUACUGGCUUUCGAACUUGUUUUAUAUUCUUUGCUUUUUUUCGCGUGAUCCUUCGAACUGACUCGACCAAGAUGCCUGGACUGUGAGACUUCUAAGUGCUUCGGCGCAUCGGUCACAGAAGUCUUGGAACGGAAGGAGCAGUCCCUCAGUCUCAGCAGGUUCCGCACUGCUUCGCAUUUCUGACGGCUGUUCGCCCGGCUGCCUACCGCCAAGCACCACAUAACUCCGGAGAAUUUCUUAUGAGGCCCGGAUAGCGCUGCCGGGGCAGGAGGAGGAGGAGGAGAACGCCAGCCUACAGCCGCUACGCGGGAUCGGCCCUCGAGUCCAGCUGAUCGAAGCUUACGUGGCUUCUGCAAACUUGGACGCCUACAGUCGCCGCAUCCCUCCGUGUAUCCAUGCAAGGUGGCCGCACCAAACUCACCUAACAUGAGAACCUGGCCGUCUGCUUGCUUCGAGGUGUGACCCUGAAAUGCAUGACGGGCUUCCGUCUGACAAUCACAGCCUUUCAACGUCAUCACAACCACCCUGGCGGUUGUCUUGCUGGACCCAUCGAACCGCACGCGAUGCUGCCGGGGGCAGCCCCGACGGACGGGGCCUGGCGGCCGGGAGCGAACCGCGACGCAAGGUAGCCCCGAGCACCGUGGCGGCGGCCCGGUAGCAGCAUGAACGAGACGUGCCUGUCUAGCGUGCCGCCGGACAAGCUCUACGAGCCGGUCACUGUGGCCCUGUUCCUCGUGCUGGGCUUCAUCAACGUACUCGUCAUUUUCGGCAACCUGCUGGUCAUGGUGGCCGUGCUGGCGUCCACGAAGCUGCGUACGGUCACCAACUACUUCGUGGUGUCGUUGGCCGUGGCCGACCUGUCGGUGGGGCUCGUCGUGCUGCCCUACUCAAUUGCGUUGGAGGUGCUCGAGGUGUGGCUCUUCGGCCACACCUGGUGCCAGAUCUGGCUCGCUGUGGAUGUGUGGCUCUGCACUUCGUCCAUCCUAAAUCUGUGCGCCAUCAGCGUGGACCGAUACCUGGCCAUCACGCGGCCGGUUCGCUACCGCAGCCUCAUGUCGUCGCGCCGCGCCAAGCUGCUCAUAGUGGCGGUGUGGGUGAUUGCCUUCGUCAUCUGCUUCCCGCCGCUCGUCGGCUGGAACGACGGGACUCAAAACAGCGUGCCUUACCACGGGUUGAACGAGACCUCGCACAAUUUGAGCAUCGUUGCCGAUGAAGCCGAUGAAGCCGAUGAAGCCGAUGAACCAUUGCCGCUCUGCGAGUCCGCGCAGUGUGUGCUCAUAAACAACAAGGGCUACGUUAUCUACUCAGCUCUGGGCUCCUUCUACAUACCGAUGCUGUUCAUGCUGUUUUUCAACUACCGCAUAUACCGCGCCGCCAUCCAAACUGGACGCGCCCUUGAACGAGGCUUCAUAACCACAAAGUCAGGCAAGAUCAAAGGACGCACGCAGGACCAGAGGCUUACGCUGCGCGUCCAUCGCGGCAACGAUUCCGCUAUGAACGCCAAGCGAGGCAGCGAGCACCUAGGUGCUGAGACCUGCAUCGACGGCAUCGUCACCGGCCGUCGCAGACCCGGACUCAAGAAGUCAAGAGACGAGCCGUCAGCCAGCGCCCGGUCGUCUGCCAGCAAGGCGCGUCAACAGAGUGACCAGCGGGCCACGCGCUCGGCGCCGCCUUCGUUCAAGUCGAACAGGGGCAGCGCCCGCAACAGUGGACACAACGGCACCAGCGGCGGCGGCAGCAAAAGCUCACGCUCGAGCAAACGCAGUCAGCGCUGGCAGGCCAAGCGGUUCCGCACUGAGGCCAAGGCCACCAAGACCGUGGGCACUAUCGUGGGCGGCUUCAUAUGCUGCUGGCUGCCAUUCUUCACCGUGUACUUGGUGCGUGCAUUCUGCGAGCACUGCAUCCCCAACCUGCUGUUCUCGGUCUUCUUCUGGCUCGGAUACUGCAACUCGGCCAUCAACCCGCUCAUCUACGCGCUCGUCAGCAAGGACUUUCGGAUGGCCUUCAAGCGCAUCCUGUGUCGCUGCCGCCUCAAAGAGGGAGGCGUCUCGUCACUCAUCAAACAGAUCCACAUGCUCACUGUACUCGACGACGCACCCCCGGACAACGCCGAGUCACCCUAGAAUCCUGGUCACAUCCUUCUCCUGCCCGUGCUGUGGGGGCACUUCCGCUGGGCGCCACUACUUGUUUGCACCUCACCCGCUCACUGCACGGCGUGUCUGUGCCGUAGUGACUUUUUCGGUGUCCAUCUCACGGCUGUAAGGUCGUUUUCCUCACCCACGUGAAUCACUAUAGCAGCAGAGCAAACGUGCCAGUACCAGAGCGUUUCUGCCACACGUUUGUCACACGAUCAGUUGUUAACUGUUUGUACACACUAAGUGUCUCGUUGUUACUAGGCGUUCGUGGUCGUCCCUACGCUGCUGUGCGCACUUGGUUCGUACUUGUGCGUAACAAUAUGAUCUCCUUCACGUUUUGUCUAGCCCAGAAGAUGUAAGGUCUCCGCUCCCCGUGAGCGUCCGCAAGCGUUCUAAGGCAGUUCGAACGGUCACAUGCCUACUGCGCUGCAGCCACGGAGCACAAAUUUGUACCAAGAGCACUGUGUCUCUAACAGAAAGUGCCGUGUAGUUUGUAUGCCUCUAGAGCCGGUAGCCAUGCUUUAACACGCAAUGAGUGCCACUGCGAAAGUAAACAAGCAGGAGCACCCAGCUUUCAAUUGAAUGUACGCCGAACAUGUUGCCUGCAUAUUUUCCCUGUGCUCUGCGCAUAUUCCUUCUUGUUUUGUAAAUGAAGGCAAAUUAAUCAGGUAUUCAGGUGUGUGUAACCACAGUCAUAAAAUAUAAGUUAUAAAUGAUAUUAUUUUAUUAAUAAAGUUUUCAUUACUGUC